AUGAGAGCUUACUGGUUUGACAACAAGGAGGGCGACCAACGCGAACUUCAUGACUCAGGUCGCGACGUUGAUCCUGAAUACUUGGAGAAGCUUGGGGUUCUCUAUUAUCACUUCGCAGACGAAAAGGAUGUCGACAAGCUCGCCUCGGACAGAAGCUACAAGAAUCGCGAUGUAAUUACCGUUUCACCACAGAAAAUGGGCGAUGUUUACGAGGAGAAGGUCAAGAUGUUCUUUAAUGAGCAUUUGCAUGAGGAUGAGGAAAUUAGAUAUAUAAGAGAUGGUGCGGGAUUUUUCGAUGUUAGAAGUGAGGGCGAUGAGUGGGUGCGCAUUAGGUUGGAGAAGGACGAUUUGAUCUACAUCCAAGCAAUGAGACUGUUCAAGGAGGAGCCCAAAUGGACACCCCUGAACCGUGGUCCAGAAGUAGAUGCCAAUCCAUACCGCAAGGAGUAUCUGCAGACUGUUCCUGCAAUUGCCAGUCAGUAG